GCUGGGGAGACACAGGGCCGGAGGAUGGUGGCCCGGGAAGGGAUUCCCGUCCGCCAGGCCCGUGGCCGGAGCCCAGCCCGGACGAGCCCUCUUGGAGAAACCCAAGCACCAGUGCCUCCCGACAGCCACAGGGCUCCUAACGGCCCAGGAAACGAUCAACGAGACAGAAGCUUUACAAGUUCUGUGUCUUCGGAGCUGGAGGCUGGGGCAAGGUCAGGGGCCCCCUCUCCAGCCGUCAGCCCCGUGCAGGGCAGAGGCCCCUCGCCAGCCCCGGGGGCCAUCAGCUUCUCCUCGGUCCAUCAGCACAGCCCGCCCAUCACGGCCACGGUGGCCCCGUUCCAGUACAGGUUGCAGACCGAGCCUGAACCCGGCCCGCCUCCCCAGGGCAGCUGGGCCGUCGACGGCUACUCCACCUCCACUGGCGGGACGGAGGAUGGCGUCUCCUGCGUGGACCCAGAGUCCCAGAGGAAGAGGACGGUGCAGAACGUCCUGGACCUUCGACAGAACCUGGAGGAGACCAUGUCCAGCCUGCGCGGGUCCCAGGUGACCCACAGGUCGUCCCCGCCAACACCGUCCUCUCCCGGGCAGCUGCGCACGGACUCGGAGAAGCGCUCCCUGGCGGAGAGCGGGCUGAGCUGGUUCAGCGAGUCAGAGGAGAAAGGCCCCCGGAAGCUGGACUACGACAGCGGGAGCAAACCGGAAGGCAAGGCACCGGACAAGGCCAAGCUGGCCCCAGGACGGGGAUUUCCCCGGGAUCUUGUCCACCUCUGGCUUCUCUGGCUCCUUUACGCUAAACACUCCGCUCCGUCUUCCCGCCUCAGGGCCGCCGUGAAGAGCUUUGUCAAGCCGCCCUCGCUGGCCAACCUGGACAAGGUCAACUCCAACAGCCUGGACCUGCCGCCGCCGGGUCCCCGUUCUGUUCUUUCUGUCGGCUCCAGGUGCCCGCCUGUCAGUACCAGCUCCCGCCUCAGGGCUCCUCCCGGGGUCCCCUGGCUGGUCCCCGAGGCUUGUGUUAACACCCCAUUCUUUUCUCUUCCAGUUCACGGCUCCGUGCUGUCCCUGGCGUCCAGCGCCUCCUCCACAUACUCCUCGGCUGAGGAGAGGAUGCAGUCCGAGCAAAUCCGCAAGCUCCGCCGGGAGCUGGAGUCCUCGCAGGAGAAGGUGGCCACCCUGACGUCACAGCUGUCCGCCAACGCGAACCUGGUGGCGGCGUUCGAGCAGAGCCUGGUGAACAUGACUUCCCGCCUGCGGCACCUGGCGGAGACGGCCGAGGAGAAGGACACCGAGUUGCUGGAUCUGCGAGAAACCAUUGACUUCCUGAAGAAGAAGAACUCAGAGGCCCAGGCAGUCAUCCAGGGAGCCCUCAACGCCUCGGAGACCACGCCCAAAGAGCUGCGGAUCAAGCGGCAGAACUCGUCCGACAGCAUCUCCAGCCUCAACAGCGUCACCAGCCACUCGAGCAUCGGCAGCGGCAAGGACGCCGACGCCAAGAAGAAGAAGAAGAAGAGCUGGGUCUAUGAGCUUCGGAGUUCCUUCAACAAAGCCUUCAGCAUCAAGAAGGGCCCCAAGUCCGCGUCCUCCUACUCGGACAUCGAGGAGAUCGCCACCCCGGACUCCUCCGCCCCCUCGUCCCCCAAACUGCAGCACGGGGCCACCGAGACCGCCUCGCCCUCCAUCAAGUCCUCCGCCUCGGGCCCCGUGCACACGGCCCCCCACCCCAGGCUGUUCCUGGCCGGCGAGGAGGAGGAGCCGGAGAAGAAGGAGGUGUCGGAGCUGCGCUCGGAGCUGUGGGAGAAGGAGAUGAAGCUGACGGACAUCCGCCUGGAGGCCCUGAACUCCGCCCACCAGCUGGACCAGCUCCGGGAGACCAUGCACAACAUGCAGGUCAGUGCGGGGGGCGGCGACCUGUCCCCGAUGGACGGCAUCAGCACCUGCGGCCCCAAGGAGGAGGACUAUAUUUCCAAGAUGGACCCAGCCUCCACCCUGGGGCUCAGCACCGAGUCCAUCCAGGGCUACAGCAUCAGCCACGUGAAGCGGGUGCUGGACGCCGAGCCCCCCGAGAUGCCGCCCUGCCGCCGAGGGGUCAAUAACAUCUCAGUCUCCCUCAAAGCACCGCAGCACAUCAUCCGCGGGGACCUGAAGCAGCAGGAAUUCUUCCUGGGGUGCAGCAAGGUCAGCGGGAAGGUCGACUGGAAGAUGCUGGACGAGGCCGUCUUUCAGGUGUUCCAGGACUAUAUUUCCAAGAUGGACCCAGCCUCCACCCUGGGGCUCAGCACCGAGUCCAUCCAGGGCUACAGCAUCAGCCACGUGAAGCGGGUGCUGGACGCCGAGCCCCCCGAGAUGCCGCCCUGCCGCCGAGGGGUCAAUAACAUCUCACUCUCCCUCCAAGGUCUGAAGGAGAAGUGCGUGGACAGCCUGGUGUUCGAGACGCUGAUCCCCAAGCCCAUGAUGCAGCACUACGUCAGCCUCCUGCUCAAGCACCGGCGCCUGGUCCUCUCGGGCCCCAGCGGCACCGGCAAGACCUACCUGACCAACCGGCUGGCCGAGUACCUGGUGGAACGCUCCGGCCGCGAGGUCACCGAGGGCAUCGUCAGCACCUUCAACAUGCACCAGCUGUCCUGCAAGGACCUGCAGCUCUAUCUCUCCAACCUGGCCAACCAGAUAGACCGGGACACGGGGGUGGGCGACGUGCCCCUGGUGAUCCUGCUGGACGACCUGAGCGAGGCCGGCUCCAUCAGCGAGCUGGUCAACGGGGCCCUCACCUGCAAGUACCACAAANGUCCCUACAUCAUCGGGACCACGAAUCAGCCCGUGAAAAUGACCCCCAAUCACGGCCUCCACCUGAGCUUCAGGAACCUCCGAGUGACUGGAGCUGUCCUAGCUCGGUUAGCCCCGUGCUCUGGGUGGAUCCGCCAGCCUCCAGAAUCCCAGCCCCUCCCUCUGUGUCCCCCACGGCGGAUGGAACACGGGAGGGGCGUCCUGGGGAUUUCAGGGCUCCCUCACCCCCUCACUCCCUCACCCGGCCCGGCCUGGGAGGGUCCAGGAGAGAGCGGGCCGAGCCCUCCCUGCCCCCCGCUCUGGAGCAGCCUCAGAAUGGCCCCCCCCUGGAACGCCCAUUGUCCCCGGCCUGGUGUGAGGGCGUCAGAGAGGCAGGUGCCGGGACGGCCGGGCGCUCGGCCCCUCCACAGCCCCCCGCUUCUCCUAGGCCCCUGCUUCUUCCUGUCCUGCCCCAUCGGCAUCGAGGACUUCCGGACCUGGUUCAUCGACCUGUGGAACAACUCCAUCAUCCCCUACCUGCAGGAGGGGGCCAAGGACGGCCUCAAGGUCCACGGACAGAAAGCCGCCUGGGAGGACCCAGUGGAGUGGGUCCGGGACACGCUCCCCUGGCCCUCGGCCCAGCAGGACCAGUCCAAGCUGUACCACCUGCCCCCGCCCACCGUGGGCCCCCACAGCAUCGCCUCGCCCCCCGAGGACAGGACAGUCAAAGACUGCACCCCAAGUUCUCUGGAGUCAGACCCUCUGAUGGCCAUGCUGCUGAAGCUGCAAGAGGCUGCCAACUACAUCGAGUCCCCAGAUCGAGAGACCAUCCUGGACCCCAACCUCCAGGCCACACUCUGAGGGCCCCGCGGGCCCUGUCACCCCGGACUGACAGACGGACGGGCAAACGGCAGGACGGACGCUGGCAGCGGCUCUGUGCGCACCCCUCCGCCCUCCUCUCCCCCAGCUGUGUCUCUCCGUGGAGAGCCCCCGGGGAGGGGGUGGAGGCACAGGAAGGCGGAGGGUUCCUCGGUGCUGCACCUUUGAGAACUUACGGCAAGGACCGGCGGGCGGCGUCGGGGGACGCGUGUCCCCAGCAUCCAUUCGCCGGCCGCCUCUCGUGACUUUGGGGAAAAGACGAGAGGAUGACGCCGGGUCUUUCUCCGUCAUUCCCCGUCUCAGUGAGGGACCCCUGGGCUCGCUGGGGACGUUCGGACGACGGCAGACGCGUCCGCCAAGCCCACGUGAUUCUCGGGAGCAUCUCUGAGAAAGACGGUCCCACGGGGACAUCCAGGAGGCGGCGGCCCCGGGACUCCGGAACACCCCUCUGGACCCAACGCCACUGCCAACGCUCCCGCCCCCGCCCCCCGAGAUCUGGCUGGAGCCCAGAAAAAGAAGCAUGUGGUUUAAAAGAAAAAAAAUGUUUAAGUCAAUCUGUAAAAGGUUUUUUUAAAAAAAAAAUGGCAAAGAUGAAGCUGGAGAGAGGAAGCAGGUGCCGGGCUCAGAAGCCGCCAGACCCACCCCCCACCGUGACAUCACAGCCUCCCACCGUGACAUCACUGCCUCCCGCCGUGACAUCACAGCCUUCGGAGACAGACGGCGCUCAGUCCUGAGCCCUCUCCUUUCACGCACACGAGCACCAAUAAACCCUACUUUUUUAGUUUUUAGUUUUUGGUUUUGUUUCUGUUUGGUUUGGUUUUUCCCCUCCCGUUUGCCUAUUUAUUUUCCUUUUCUCCUUUUGGUUUGUUGGCUGUUGUUUUUUCUUUCCCACCUGCUCACACGGUCACCAGACGCUCCUCGGGCUGCUGCUCCGGGCGGGUUUCCUUCGGUACAUCUGACCCACCGGCCGGGCACCUGCCCUGCUCCGUCCUCGGCCUCCUGGGGGCUCCCAGGAGCCCCAGUUCACAGCCGUGGGAGGAGAGGAAGGUGGGCUGCUCGAUGGACGGCCGGCCGGCGGCACGAGAAUUCGACUCCCCAUCCUGACGGCUUCACCGUGGACGCCAGGAAGCCAGGACACCGGGCCCCUCCGCUCUGUCCCACCUCCCUCGCCCGCCUUCACUCUGCGAUGGGCGAGUGCUCACGCAACCGGACGCCCAUGGGAGGCGCUCCCACAGAGGGACCCGCCUUGGGCCGCCACUGCCCUGGAGGCCGGGCCGUCUCCUUCACUCAUCCAACGCGCACUCGCCGAGCAGUUUUAAAAGGAAGACGAGACCUGGGCACGUCCCCUCCCCCUGGACCUUCAGGGGCAGCCGAAGACCAGAGCAGAGCCCGGAUCCGCUGCCACAGGCCUGAAGGGCUAGGAAUCUUGCUUCUCUCUCGUGCGCACGUGGGGAGCUCUGCUUGGGGGCGUCGCAUUGGGGGCUCCUCGGGCCCACGCGCCCGCUCUCCACCUUCCCGCGCACAAGACCACAGCCUCGGAAAUCCACAGCCACGCCGGCCGGGUCCUCUGCCUCCCCGCGAGGCGUCGGUGCAUCUCAUGCAUCCGAAUCUUCACGUCGGAGUAUUUUCAUUUCAGUCCAGGCGGAGCCCCAGGCGGGUGCCCCAGGACGUGUCUACUGCCACCUGCCCAGGUGCCCCCGGGGGCGUCGGGGUCCUCUGUGCCGGAGACGGUCGCUGCCCGGUCCGCGAGCUGUAAAGACACCCGGGGACCCCCCCACCUGCCCGGCCGUGGCACGUGCAGUUCUGCGGCCGGACGGAGCUGCUUGGCCGGGGAUGGUGCUGACGUCGCUGCCUUAAGGCCCCUGCUCUGUGGAACCGGGAGGCCCUCGGGGCCCAGAAGAUCCCAUCUGGGAGGAAGGGAAGACCAGACCGGCCUCCUGGGCACCUGGGCCUCCUCUGAACUCGGUGCCAGCUCCAGUCCCCUGGCCGGGCUCCGACUGGCGAAUCGAGGCGCCACCUCUGUCGGGGGCAGGCAGAGCCCUUCCCUCCAUCUCCUGGUGCUGCCCAGCCAGUGCCUUCUCCCGGGGGUGCUCCUGGCGCCUUGAGAAACGGGAAGGGAGAAGCCUUCCUCCGUUCCAGCUGCCUCAGAACCGGCCCCCCAGAGGGACCCCGGUCUCCCUGGUAACCGGGGGACCACCGUGCCGUUCAUCACUCGGAUCCUCGGCCGGCGGAUGCCCGAGGCCUCUCGUGUUCCGACUUUUCGUCUCCGUUCCUGGGUGCACCCCCUGACCCCCACUCUCAGUUGGCUGCUGUCUUUUCCCAGGUCUCCACCGCUCCCUCCCAACAGUCUGUUCCCUCCGGACCUGUUUACAGUCCUGCACCCGGGCUCCUCGCUGGGGGGCCGGUCGUCCCCUCAAGGAACCGCAUGGCCACCGCGGGCGUGCAGCCUCCUCCUGGUGCUAUAACCCCCAGGACGCUCACCCAGGGCUCCCCGGAGCAGAACACCUGAGCGCCCCUCGCUGCCCACGCACCUGCUUCUCGGUGGAGACUGCUGGGACCCCUCCAGAAACAAGCACGGGGUCCCACCGCUAAGUUCUCACACACGCACCCCCUCCAGGCCCUUCAGGAAAAUGGAGCCCUGCCCUGAGACUGGUAUCUGUGCUCUCCCCUCCUCCAGCCCCUCAGCUCCCGUCCUCACCAAAGCUGGCUCACAGACCACAUGGCUCCAUCCCCGACGACCACCAGGGACGGCCACCGUCUGGGGGGGCAGGGGGUUGAGGGGGACCCCUCCGCACAGCUCCUCGCCCUCCCGGACGAAGACGACCAACGUGUUCUGUUCAGUGUAUCUGUGUCUCGAACCUGCCUGGGCAUUAACAAUAAAACACCCAGUGAUUGGAGGCCA